AUGAGACUGUUAAAAGCUCUCGGAAGUGCAAUGCGAUUAAAAGAUCCUGAAUAUUUUUGUAAAUGCCAUUCGCUGAUGAAUAAAAAGGGAAAUAUGACAAUGAUAAAAAUUGUGAGUUAUUCGCCAGUUCCCACCGAUGAUACUCUAAAAGAAAACCAAUUCCGUAUAGCUGACCAUACAGACCAUACAACAUUGAUUCUGUUAUUCCAGGAUCAAAAUGGAGGAUUACAAGUAAUGAAUGCGAAAGGAGAAUUUACUGAUGUUACACCCAUACCAGGAACAAUAAUCGUAAAUCUUGGCGAAACGAUGCAGAAAUGGAGUGGAGGAAGACUACGUGCAACGCGUCAUCGUGUAAUGCCACCUCGCGAUCAAAGUAACAGGAUGAAUACACGAAGAUCAAUCGUGUAUUUUGGCCAAGCUGAUGAUAACGCUUUGAUGGAGGAAUUCGAGUAUGAAGAUGGGUUUGGUCACAAAACAUCUAAUGAUGAAACCGACAAGAUUACAGUAAAGGAAUACACAGAUAGGCGUUUCAUGGAAGUAUUCCCGUAAUGGUGAUAAAAAGAUUAUGACUCACAAUCUUUAUUUUGAUCAAAAUCGAACAUUAGUAUAAGAUAGCUAGAGAUUACAGCAUGGAAAAUAUGUGAAAAUAGCUCAUCUGUAGUGAAUCUGUGAAUAAUUUCCGAAUAGUGAUCUGAUCUAAUCUAUCAAGCAACUCGUCUCAGGAGACCUUUUUACUUCUAUGAUCAUCAGUAUAUCUAUCUACUCGAUGUUUUUACUUUUAGAAUUUGCAUUUUUCAAAAUUUUAUCUUGUAAUCAGCACGUAAAUUGUGAUUAAAACAGCCAUGCAGAUGCUAAAAUCUGUUGGUGAAAAUGUAUUGGUGCAAAUGUCCGUGAGUGCAAAAGUAUACAAGUGCAAAUGUACGCGGGUGCAAACGUGCUGUCACCUACAGCAACUUUUAUAUGUUGUAAAUCCAAUUAUAGGUUAUGUUCAAUUUUCCUCGUCUCUCAGUGGUAUUGUGAUAAAACGAAUAUAUUCAGAAUCACAUGUGCAUUUUAAUUAACCGAUAAUAUUAUUUCCGAUUCUCAAAAAAAUUUGCAAUGCCAUCACAUGAUUAUUACAAAAUA